UCUCCCUGCCGUGAGUGCUGGGCUGCUGUCCCUACCUCAGUGCUGGGUCCCUCCUGCCCCUCUCCUCUCUCCUGCCUCGUGGCUCCCUCGGCUCCCUGAGCCAUGCCUUUCUGCUCCACCAAGCAUCUGAAGAGGAGCCGGCGUCUGCUUAGGGGUGGUUCCGGGGAGCGGGAGAAGGCGCCAUCCCACCCUGAGGCACUACUGCUCAUGGCCAGCUCCCAGCGUGACAUGGAGGACUGGGUGCAGGCCAUCCGCCGGGCGAUCUGGGCCCCGCUGCGCGGAGGUACUGCCCGUAGCUCGCAUGCGCAUGCCCACCCUCUAAAACCCUUGCCAACAGGGAUCUUUGGGCAGCGCCUGGAGGAUACUGUGUACCAUGAGCGGAAGUAUGGUCCCCGCCUGGCACCCUUGCUGGUGGAGCAGUGUGUGGACUUCAUCCGGGAACGUGGGCUCACCGAGGAGGGGCUCUUCCGAAUGCCCGGCCAGGCCAACCUAGUAAGAGACCUGCAGGACUCCUUUGACUGCGGGGAGAAGCCGCUGUUUGACAGCACAACGGACGUGCACACGGUGGCCUCCCUCCUGAAGCUGUACCUGCGGGAGCUCCCCGAGCCUGUGAUCCCCUUCGCCAGGUACGAGGACUUCCUCAGCUGCGCCCAGCUGCUCACCAAGGACGAGGGGGAGGGCACGCUGGAGUUGGCUAAGCAAGUGAGCAACCUUCCUCAGGCCAAUUACAAUCUGCUCAGAUACAUCUGCAAGUUUCUGGAUGAAGUUCAGUCCCACUCAAGUAUCAACAAGAUGAGCGUCCAGAACCUGGCAACGGUAUUUGGACCUAACAUAUUGCGUCCACAGGUCGAGGACCCAGUGACCAUCAUGGAAGGCACUUCCCUAGUCCAGCACCUGAUGACCACCCUCAUCCGCAAACACAGCCAGCUGUUCACUGCCACGGUCCCAGAAGGACUUGCCUCCCCGGCCGGGGCCCCACAGUGCACGGUGGGCUGGGUCUCUGAGGAGGCCUGCAGGGACAGUCCAGCUGAGCCUGGCGGCCUUGGCCUGCCUACCCACAGGACCUCAUCUCUAGACCGGCCAGCUGCAGUGGUGCUUUCGAGGACCUCCCCCCCUGGCCGGGGCAGCCAGAGCCAUCCUGCAGCCCCUGGCUCGAGAAAAGGGAUACAGACCUUGCCCAGCUGGAAGUCUUCCUUCCGGCAGCCAGGAUCCCGGUCAGGGAGCCCGAAGGGAGGCACUUCCUCCCUCGAGGUGCCCAGCCUCUCGUCCAGUGGGAACUGGCUCAUGAACGGGCUGUCCUCUCUGCGUGGCCAUCAUCGGCGAGCCUCCUCAGGGGACCGGCUCAAGGACUCGGGCUCCCCACACAGACUGUCCACCUACGACAACGUGCCUCCGGCCAGCCUCUUUCCCAGCACAGCCAGCACCACAUGGUCCGUCACGACAUCCUCCAGGGAGGCCUCUGUCAGCAGCUGCACAGCCCACAGGGCCAGCGACUCGUCCACCUGCAGCUCCCUGCACACCGAAUGGGCCCUGGAGCCGUCCUCGCUGCCCAGCAGUGGGGACCACAGGUCCCCAGACUUGGGCCACAGUUUGGAUGAGACGAGCGGACACGGUGGUGGUGGCAGCAGCCACAGCAGUGAGCCCAGCAACCCAGGAAGUCCUGCCCUGGACCAGGCCCACCGCUGCCGAGUUCUCCAGGGCCUGGUGGCUGAGCUCAGGGCAGAGCUCUGCCGGCAGAGGACUGAGUACCAGACAAGUCUGAGAAGCAUUGAAGAAAGCAGUGCAGACCUGAGGAAACAGACGUCACAGUUAGAGGAGGAGCUGGACCAGGAGAAGAAGAAAUGUGCCAUGUUAGAAAUCAAGCUGCGGAACUCAGAGCGGGCCCGGGAGGAUGCUGAGAGGAGGAAUCAGCUGCUGCAGAAGGAGAUGGAGGAGUUUUUCUCCACCCUGGGAAGCUUGACCAUGGGGGCCAAAAGCGCCGGGACCCCAAAGUGAAAGGAGCUGACAUCGCCGCGGGGGAGGAAAGAGCUCCUGAAACCCCCGUGGGGACUGUCAGAGGCCACUUGCCCAGGUGUGAUCUGGGUGCUGCUCUCAGGGCCUAGUGGGUGCCGGUGCCAGUGCUAAGAACAGCAUUUCACCCCUUGCCUAGGAAAAGUCCCCACGCCCACCCACAGAGGUGGCUUUCAAGAGCCAGGCAGC